CUCAGAUCAACAAGUGUAAGAACAGACUCCGGUUAUUAAAAAUGGGUAAAGUUGUUAUUUACGGUGGAAAAGGUGCUUUGGGAGCUUCUUGCGUUUCCUAUUUCAAAUCUAAAAAUUGGUGGGUGGGUUGCGUUGAUAUGUCAGCAAAUGGUGAAGCCGAUGCAAAUGUUUUGGUAAAACCUGAUGCAACAUGGAGUGAACAAGAAAGUUUUGUUUUAUCCAACCUACAGCAAGUUUUGAACAAUGAUCGAUUGGAUGCUGUCAUAUGUGUUGCCGGAGGUUGGGCUGGUGGUAAUGCAGCAUCAAAAGAUUUUUUAAAAAAUUCCGAACUCAUGUGGAAACAAAGCGUAUGGAGUUCGACCAUUGCUGCAAGUAUCGCAGUAAAACAUUUAAAAGAAGGUGGACUUAUCACUUUGCCCGGUGCCAGACCAGCACUCGAAGGUGGUACUCCUGGUAUGAUCGGUUACGGUAUGGCCAAAGCCGCAGUACAUCACUUAACGAAAUCGUUGGGAUCCCCCGACAGCGGUCUUCCACAGGGUUCCGUAGCAUUAGCACUUUUACCCAUAACUCUCGAUACUCCGAUGAACCGGAAAUGGAUGCCGAAUGCUGACACGUCCAAAUGGACUUCGUUAGAUUUCAUAUCCGAGCUUUUGUUUAAAUGGACGCAAGGAUUGGAUCGUCCGAAAAACGGAAGUCUCGUUAGUUUGGUCACAAACAACAACGUCACCGAACUUGUUUACGCUUAGAGUAAACCGGAAGUAAAAUUUUU